AUGUUUGAGCGGAUCGUUACGUCCGAGGAUUCGGAGCUCUGCAAGCGCAUUCUUUCCGUCGUUCUCAGCGUGUACACACCCAUCACUAUUGAAGUACUGAGAGUUCUGGUCAAUUUUGACCAUCAGGGCUGCGAUGAUAGCGAAUCAAUUCGAGAGCUAAUAACCGAAUGUGGCUCCUUUCUGAAAGUCGACAACGAUUUCAUCUUCCUUGUCCACCAAUCUGCCAAGGAUUUCCUACUUGACCCGUCAACUGAGACUUUUGAGGUAAACAAGGAGAAAGAGCACCACAAAAUCUUCUCACGUUCCCUUCAAGCAUUCAAAUCACUUAAAUGUGAUAUGUACAAGCUCAAGAAUUCCGGGACUUCUAUUACCGACGUCACGCGACCAAAUCCAGAUCCAUUGGCUGGCAUUUGGUACUCAUGUUCCUAUUGGGUAGACCACCUUGAGGACUGUCAAUUCAUUGCCAAUGGGUUGGAAGAAUUCGAAGAAGACAAGUCACUGGAUUCAUUCCUGAGUGAUGACUUUCUCCACUGGAUCGAAGCCAUUAGUCUCCUCGGAAGCACAACGGAAGCCAUCGCAUCGAUGCUCAAACUUGAGAACUUGGUUCGGGAACACGCGGGCCCUGAAACAGUAUUGGUGAGAGUCUAUGAUGCCUGCCGAGUCUUCAGAUAUUACCGAGCUGUGAUCGAGACCCACCCUCUACAGAUAUACACCUCGCUUAUAUUCACCCCGACUCAAAGCAUAACGAGGAACGCCCACUAUGUGAAGGCAGCUUGGAUUCUGGAAGAGCCGAAGAUAUCUACUGAUUGGGAUUCUUGCUUUCUCACGCUUGAAAGGCAUCUCGCUCGGGUCGAAAGUAUUGCUUGGUCACGCAAUGGAAUGCUCGCAUCGGCGUCAUUGGAUCGCACAGUUAUCUGGGAUCCAGCUACCGGACAGCGCAUAUCAAGCUGUGGCAAUGGAGCCAGAUUGAUUGCCUUCUCGCAAGAUGAUUUACUCGCCUCGGAUGAUGCUUCGGGUGAUGGAGGAUCUAAUCUUCAUGUUUGGGACCUUUCCAACCGUCUUUGUGAAUUACGCAUGGAACAUAAGACUGGAUACAUGACUUGUAUUUCUUGGUUACGAGAUGGAAGACUUGCAUUCCUGUCAAAGAGAUUAAUAGCUGGAAUCGGGGACUGUGUCACCGGACAAUGGACAUCGUCGAACCUUAAGAGGCAGGGCAAAUCGGCAUCCUGCGCUGCCAACUCGGACGAUGGAAAACUAGCAAUAGCGUUCAAUGAUUACGCGAUUCAAGUAUGGGAUCUGGCAAAUGAUUCAUGGAUAACGGCAUCGAUUCUCAAGGGACACAGUCAGGAAGUGACGGCCAUGGCCUGGUCACCACAUGGCAGGCUUGCAUCAGGGUCCCAUGAUUGCACACUCCGAAUGUGGGACCCAACCACAAGCCAGUGCGUGUUCAUCCUCAAAGGACACAAUGAUGAAGUUAGCGCAGUUGCUUGGUCCCAUGACGAAAGGCUGGCAUCUGGGUCAACCGAUCGAAACAUCCGCAUUUGGAACUCGGUCAACGGCCAGUGUAUCUGCGUUCUCGACGGACACAAUGCUAAGAUUAAAGCCCUAGCCUUCUCUCAAGAUGGAAGGCUCGCAUCGGGAUCGUCUGAUGGUUUGAUCAAGAUCUGGGAUCUAGCCAAUGCUUACGCAAGCCUCAACCAAGAGAAAAUUGAGAGUAGAUUCAAAUCAGGUGGGAGAGCUGAAAAACCGCAAGUCUGUGAGCCGAGCACUGGACAAACCGCGGUCUCAAAGAGUCACGGCAACGAUCUUUAUUCCAUUGCCUGGUCUCCGAAUGGAACACAGCUAGCAUCAGCCUCGACCGAGAUUACGAUAUGGGAUUUGAAUUCCGAAAAGAGCACGAUUCUUGAUGGGCACAGGGAUGUAGUUCACUCAAUGAGUUGGUCUUCGGACGGAAAUCGGCUUGCAUCAGGGUCGAGAGAUCAGAGAAUCAUAGUCUGGGAUUUGAGCAGUGGUCAGAAGACAGUUCUUGAGGGUCACAGCACCUCGGUCAUGUUCCUUGCCUGGUCACCGCUCGGAGAUUUGCUGGCAUCAAAAUCAACAUCUACGACACGCAUAUGGAGCAUGGCGACGGGCCAGAGCAUAGUCAUUGAAGAAAACGAAACUCGGUGGUGUCCAAUCAUCUGGUCAACGAAUGGACGUCGGCUCGCGUCAUGGUCGUUUGACCACACCUUCAUAAUUUGGGACUCGACUACUGGGCGAAGACUAUGCGAGCUCAAUAUCAAGACCGAUAUUAUGAGGUGGAUUGGUACCAAAUCCUGGAACCUCCGGAAGGAGGUUGCUGUAUUUGAUGCGCAGUAUAAAUUACCUCCCACUUACAUGCGGUUCUUGGCGGACAUGCGCUCUUCAGCACUGUCCAUCGGUUAUUCCAUCGAGAUGUCUGACGACUGGAUAUGCUUUGAAGGACAAAAACUCCUAUGGCUGCCUCCGGAGUAUAGGCCCGUCAGGUCAGAUUCAUUUAUCUUGGGUGAUAAGACAAGACUUGCUUUUGGGUGUAGCGCGGGUCAUAUCUGGACCAUAACGCUCUCUGCUAAUGGUCUAGUGGGCGAAAGUAUAACCCGGGAAAUAGAUUCUGAUACGUCAGGCGCCCGAACGGAGUAG